UAUUUAUACAGUUUACAGUAGGAUCGGCAUCAUGCAUGAAUAUAAACCGCGCCCACAAAACGGAGCUGCUAUUUUUAAUGGAAUGCUUACAGCCUUACAUCUUAAUUUUAUUGUAACUUUAAAACAAGUGAUGUAUACUAUAUCUAUGAAUACAUUUUGCAUUAGCUUAUAUUAUGAUUUAUUAUUUUCUGUGUCAGAGAAAGAUUAAUUAAAAAAAUAAAUAAAAAAUAA